AAAGGGGAGGAUGAGUUCGGGGGCGUCGACGCCAUCGUGGUGGCCGUGGGGGUGGACGAGGAGAUCGUCUACGCCAAAUCCACGGCGCUUCAGAAAGGGGAGGAUGAGUUCGGGGGCGUCGACGCCAUCGUGGUGGCCGUGGGGGUGGACGAGGAGAUCGUCUACGCCAAAUCCACGGCGCUGCAGCCCAAAAAUUCUUGUCCCCGCCCCCGGCAGAACGAGAGCAACAAGGCGAACUUUGAGAAGCUGCUGGAGGCGCUGCGCGGCAGCCGGGCCGGGCGGCGCCUCGGCGUCUUCGCCAAGGACAAGUUCCCCGGAGACUUCAUGAAGAGCUGGAACGACGCCCUCAGCAAGGAGGGCUUCGAGAAGGUGGACGUGAGCGCGGCGGUGGCGCAGGCCAUGGCGGCCAAGGAGGAGGGGGAACUGCAGCUGAUGCGCAAGGCGGCCGCCAUCACCUCCGAGGUCUUCACCAAGUUCUUCAAGGAGCGCGUCAUGGAGAUCGUCGACGCCGACGAGAAGGUGCGCCACAGCAAGCUGGCCGAGGCGGUGGAGAAAGCCAUCGAGGAGAAGAAAUACCUGGCUGGGGCCGACCCCUCGGCCGUGGAGAUGUGCUACCCGCCCAUCAUCCAGAGCGGCGGCAACUACAACCUCAAGUUCAGCGUCGUCAGCGACAAGUCCCACAUGCACUUCGGGGCCAUCACCUGCUCCAUGGGCAUCCGCUACAAGUCCUACUGCUCCAACCUGGUGCGGACGCUGAUGGUGGAUCCGUCGCAGGACAUGCAGGAGCACUACGGCUUCCUGCUGACCCUCCAGGACGUGCUGCUGCGUGAAUUACGGCAUGGCGCCCGUCUGUGCGACGUCUACGCGGCCGUGAUGGACGUGGUCAAGAAGCAGCGGCCGGAGCUGCUGGGCAAGGUCACCAAGAAUUUGGGCUUUGCCAUGGGCAUCGAGUUCCGCGAGGGCUCCCUGGUCAUCAACAGCAAGAACCAGCAGCGCCUCAAGAAGGGGAUGGUGUUCAGCGUCAACGUGGGCCUCUCGGACCUGCCCAACCGCGAGGCCAAGCGGCCGGAGGAGCGCAGCUACGCGCUCUUCCUGGGCGACACCGUCAUGGUGGACGAGGAGGGCCCGGCCGUGGUGCUGACGGCCGUCAAGAAGAAGGUGAAGAACGUCGGGAUCUUCCUCAAGGUGAGGGGGAAGUUUGGGGAUAAAAACGGGAUGGUGUUCAGCGUCAACGUGGGCCUCUCGGACCUGCCCAACCGCGAGGCCAAGCGGCCGGAGGAGCGCAGCUACGCGCUCUUCCUGGGCGACACCGUCAUGGUGGACGAGGUGGGCGGGGCCGGCCCCAAACCCACCAAUCGCGGCAGGGCUCCUCCCCUCCGCCAAUCGCGGCCUUGCUUCCCUCACAAAAUGGCGGCCGACCCUCAGAAAAUGGCGGCAUCCGUCAAAAAAUGGCGGCCACCCCUCACAAAAUGGCGGCUUCCCUUCACAAAAUGGCGGCCGCCCCUCACCAAUAUGGCGGCCUCCCUUCCCAAAAUGGCGGCCGACCUUCAGAAAAUGGCGGCCUCCCCUCACAAAAUGGCGGCUCCCCCUCACAAAAUGGCGGCCUCCCUUCACAAAAUGGCGGCCUCCCUUCACAAAAUGGUGGCCGCCCCUCACAAAAUGGCGUCUCCCCUUCUUCCCUCGGCCAAUCGCGUCGCUCCUUCCCUCAGCCAAUGGCGUGCGGAGGGCCCGGCCGUGGUGCUGACGGCCGUCAAGAAGAAGGUGAAGAACGUCGGGAUCUUCCUCAAGACCGGCCGUUUUCGGCCCCGUUUCAGGGCGCGCAAGUCCAACGUGUCGUACAAGAGCGCGGCGCUGCUGCCCAAGGAGCCGCACGUGCGCGAGAUGAAGAUCUACAUCGACAAGAAGUACGAGAGCGUCAUCAUGCCCGUCUUCGGCAUCGCCACGCCCUUCCACAUCGCCACCAUCAAGGUCUGGGCCGACCCAAAAUCGCCGGGAUUUCACCCAAAAUCGGGGCCGGGGGAAACGGGGGGAAAACGGGGAAAGGGGGGUGGGAG